GUGAGUCAUGCAGAUUGUAUCCAACGGUUCCAUAGCGGGUAGUCACCAGGAAGAGGCAACUGUGUAGGGUCAGUAUCUGGGCCAGCCACACUGAGGAACUGUGAGGGUUAGAACUGGAAAUUGUCAAGGGAAUCUGAACCCAGCUACCAUAUGAGAGAGUUCAACUUACGUUCAAUGUGAAUGCCGUGGCAAUAUUAAAAGGUGGUGUUUGCAUUGCUCAGUCCCAGAAAAUCCCAUGUGAACCAAGACCUGGAGAAUUUGAAAAAAUUAUCAAAUGCCUGCUAGAAACACCUAAUGCUCAAGCAGUGAUUAUGUUUGCCAAUGAGGAUGACAUCAGGAGGAUAUUGGAAGCAGCAAAAAAAACUAAACCAAAGUGGCCAUUUUCUCUGGAUUGGCUCAGAUAGUUGGGGAUCCAAAAUAGCACCUGUCUAUCAGCAAGAGGAGAUUGCAGAAGGGGCUGUGACAAUUUUGCCCAGACGAGCAUCAAUUGAUGGAUUUGAUCGAUACUUUAGAAGCCGACCUCUUGCCAAUAAUCGAAGAAAUGUGUGGUUUGCAGAAUUUUGGGAGGAGAAUUUUGGCUGCAAGUUAGGAUCACAUGGGAAAAGGAACAGUCAUAUAAAGAAAUGCACAGAUUGAAAAGCUGGAAUCAAUUGGAGUAAGUAACUUACAAAAGGGACAAAGAAAAGAACCAGGAUGAGAAAUUCCAUAUGUCUUCUUAUCAUACAAUUCAAUCCUGUGAAUUGUUGAUUAUUUGCUUUACUACUCUAAAUGACUUAUGCAUGUCGUUUUAUUUGUCUUUCUACCAUCAAAAUAGAAGAAGGCCUAUUUCUUCUUCUUCUACCAGUUGCAUAGUUAAAAUGAGGCUGAACAUUCUCUUGUAAAUUCAGGGUGUUUACCUAGCCCAGGAAAAUCAGUCCUAAGCAGACAAAGGAGACUUGGAAUGAUUUAUCUAAACACCUAAAUUAGUUACAUCAUUAUUUAUCUGUGAAGCUUCUUGAGUUUUGUUAUCAUACUCUGGAUGGAGGCCAAUCAGAAAUGACCCUUAAGAUCUGACUCUGUCUAGCCAGUCUCCCCUUGACCAAGGAGAACAUCUGGGCAUGAACUGUAGUUUUCAUUGUCCUCUGACCAACUCAGAUUAGAAAUAGCUACCUGAGGCCAGCCUUUAGUUCUAUUUUGAUCAAACUGUCUUAUAGACACAGCCUUCAGCCUUCCCCAUGACCUUUGAAAACUGCCCCAGGGUAAAGGCGAAUUACAAAUACUAUUAAGGUUGAUGAGUAAUCAAUUCAGUAAUGAGGAUACUAUUUCACAUUCUUAGGGGUAGAUGCUUUUUCAUUGUGGGAUGCCUGAGUAGGAAAUUUUGAUGGCUCCAAAUGUGGCCACAACAAACAUCAGGAGGCUCUCCUAUUGUAGAGAUUUCCCUGAAACUGAACUCUGGAGGAUGAAACAUUUGGUGUAGAUACUUGACCUUCUAAAAAUAAAGCUUUAUGUAUGUGUGUAUCUAUCUAUUAUUCUCAUAGCAGCAAUUAGUCUGAAAUCUAAUGCCUUGUCAGUGAACAUAACAAUUUUUGUAAAUGUUCUCCUCUUAGCUUUUAAGUUUUUUUUUAGCGAUGAGUCAAAUUAUACUCAGAUUUUUAUAGGUUAUCCCUAGUAUUCUUGUUUCUUGUUAUUGAAGAUAUUCAAAUGUUAAUAUAUUGUAAUAAGAAGUAGCUCAAAAAGAGCAGAAUGACCUCUUCCUUACCCCCUUAGUGAUACAGACAAAUAGAAUAUUUGUUCAUGUUAUAUUUUGGAUUUUAUUUUUAAACCAAGGAGGUUGAAUUAGAGACAGAGCAAAAUAAGCAAAAACCUGAAGCUAUAAAUUUCUAGGUCAAUCCAAAUACAUAAAGCAUUAAAAAAUGUCAGAUGCGAAGCUAGAUGCAAACUGACAGGGAAAAAAAAAAAAACCUGUUUGUGUACUUAAAGCCCCAAACCAAAAGCAAAAUUAAAAUUUGUGCUGACCCUUCUCCCUUGGGGCUGCAGAUGUCACUGCUGUCCAGGGCACUGUCUGUUACUGAGUGGAAGGAAGAGGAAUGGCAUCCAAGUCACUAGUGUAAAAUAAAUCGUCUGCCUGCCAAAUCCUGAAGAUGUCCUGCCAUAUUUGUUAAGGCCAGGGGAUGGAGGGUAGAGGUGAGCAACAAAGGUGACCAUUAACACUCAUUGAUUCUUGUCUUUUAUGACUCAUUCUUUUAUUAUUACAUGUUUUGUAAGAGGUUUUAUACUUAUACAUAUAUAAUUUUUAUUUAGUCAGUCACAGCAGUGGUUACAAUUUAUUUAGCACUUAUGGGACAAGAUAUUUUAUACACAUUUUUUCACUGGAUGUCCAGGACUAUUAUACAAACUGAGUAUUACUCUUAUAUUAAAGGUAAGGAAAUAGCUUCUAACUAAGCAAAGUUGCUCAAAGUGACACAUAGAGUGAGGUCUGCGGCUGUUCUCUUACUCCAAAUGUGGGGUAUCUCAGAAAUUGCCAUCCUUCAGAAGGCUACAGUCUAGCUCAGACUGUGCAAAUUGUUCUCCAUUUGCCAUUCCCCCAUGCACUCAACACUAUUCCAUGUCUUCCGUGUGCUCUGGGAAGCUGACCCUUGUCAUUUGCAUGACUGGGACUCUCUGCUCUCUGUGAUUGUCUUAGGUGGGGCCUAUGGAAGGCUUUAGCAGGAUAUUGGAGGGCAGGAAGAGAAAGAAGUCAGGAUAUUUCCUCUUCAUGUCCUACUUCGGCCCUGUGCGCUGGCCGUGAUCAUGUCCUUUCAGGAUAUAACUCCCUUCGCCCUGUUCUCCUCUGUACCUCUUCUGAUGCAGGGCUCCUAAGGAAACACUGCUCCUUUUCCUUGACUGUUUAUCCCUAGGGGUAGUAUUAUAUUUUCACCAUUGCUAUCCUUUGGGUGCCCUGCCACCUUGUUUGCUCCUUAAGUCUGUCUACAAUUAAUGCAAAUAACUCCUUUAUUAAAAUCCCUUUAUUUG